AUGAUUUCUUUGACUCGCUUCCUUCCUUUCAUCUUUUUCCUUAAUUCUUUCUAUAUUUUCGUUCCUUCUCCUUCACUUUUGGUUCUUUUUUCUACUUCAUUCCUUGUAUUGCAUCAUUCAUUCUCUUCCAUCCGUCCUUCCUUCAUUCCUUCCUUCCUUCCCUCCGUCCUUCCUUCAUUCCUUCCUUCCUUCCCCCCGUCCUUCCUUCAUUCAUUCCUUCCUUCAUUCCGUCCUUCCUUCAUCCAUUCCCUCCGUCCUUCCUUCAUUCCUUCCUUCCUUCAUUCCGCCCUCCCUUCAUUCCGCCCUUCCUUCAUUCCGUCCUUCAUUCCUUCAUUCCUUCCUUCCUUCCCUCCGUCCUUCCUUCCUUCAUUCCUUCCUUCAUUUCUUCUUUCCUUGCUCCCCCCGUCCUUCCUUCAUUCAUUCCUUCAUUCAUUCCGUGCUUCCUUCAUCCCUUCCCUCCGUCCUUCUUUCCUUACCUCCGUCCUUCCUUCUUCCUUCUUUCCUUCAUUCCGUCCUUCCUUCAUUCGUCCUUCAUCCUUCCUCCGUCCUUCCUUCAUUCCUUCCUUCCUUCAUUUCGUCCUUCCUUCAUUCCGUCCUUCCAUCCUUCCCUCCAUCCUUCCUUCAUUCCUUCUUUCCUUCAUUUCGUCCUUCCUUCAUUCCGUCCUUCCAUCCUACCCUCCGUCCUUCCUUCAUUCCUUCCUUCCUUCCCCCCUGUCCUUCCUUCAUUCCGUCCUUCCAUCCUUCCCUCCGUCCUUCCUUCAUUCCUUCCUUUCUUCAUUUCGUCCUUCCUUCAUUCCGUCCUUCCAUCCUUCCCUCUGUCCUUUUCCUUCAUUCCUUCAUUCCUUCCUUCCUUCCCUCCGUCCUUCCUUCCUUCAUUCCUUCCUUCAUUUCUUCUUUCCUUGCUCCCCCCCGUCCUUCCUUCAUUCAUUCCUUCAUUCAUUCCGUGCUUCCUUCAUCCCUUCCCUCCGUCCUUCCUUCAUUCCUUCUUUCCUUCAUUCCGUCCUUCCUUCAUUCCGCCCUUCCAUCCUUCCCUCCGUCCUUCCUUCAUUCCUUCUUUCCUUCAUUCCGUCCUUCCUUCAUUCCGUCCUUCCAUCCUUCCCUCCGUCCUUCCUUCAUUCCUUCCUUCCUUCAUUUCGUCCUUCCUUCAUUCCGUCCUUCCAUCCUUCCCUCCAUCCUUCCUUCAUUCCUUCUUUCAUUCAUUCCGUCCUUCCUUCAUUCCGCCCUUCCAUCCUUCCCUCCGUCCUUACUUCAUUCCUUCCUUCCUUCAUUUCGUCCUUCCUUCAUUCCGUCCUUCCUUCCUUCCCUCCGUCCUUCCUUCAUUCCUUCCUUCCUCCUAUCCGUCCCUCCGUCCUUCCUUCUUUCCUUCCCUCCGUCCUUCCUUCAAGGUAUAUUGUGAAGGAGAUAUAUUUUCAAGGAGGUAUAUUUUGA